GCAAAAGGCAUUGAGCGGUGUAUUUUGCGACUCUUUAUCUUUAAUAAAUGAGCAAUAACAUAGUUUAAGUGCACGAAAUGCUUACAAAAUCAUUAAUUGUGAGUGUAGUUUUAUAUGGAUUACUAAACUGCAUAGUUCAGAGUAGUUUUUUUGGUGAAAAUGGGACGAAAAGGAAUUUUGUUUACAAUGUGUACGAAUAUGACACCCUCAUCAACAUCACAGUGAACUCAACGACUGAACAGAUCUUGGACUUCAAUGAGACGACAGACAAAUGGCGCCACCUACCGACGCGAGUACACGUCUCUACCACCGACGUCGUCGACGGUGACCACCCCGUGUUCGUCACCGCCACGCAGCAGAAAGGCGUAUCAUCCUGGGAGCUCCCUCUAGUGAUGCAAACUAGUAACUGGCGAUGGCGCACGAACGACAUGGCUCGCACGCUGUGUCCACACGACGCCGGGCCUAAUAUAACAACGGUGAAUCGGCCGACGAUACAAAUAACCACAUCUAAUCCUACCGACGUGCCCGUCUCCAUCAAGUUGCGGCGGGUCACAGACUUUUUUAUCGAAGUGGAUAAGGAAGUGUAUUUGAACGUGACGCCGAGCUCACCGAAGUAUUACUAUUUCUCGUUCAGCAGCGACCCGCCGCCCAAUAACACGAGAACAACAGAUCUCCAGCUACCCUCUCUAAGGUUCAACUACACAAUACCAAAGAGUGUGAUUCUGAUCGUGGAGUCAGAUGAUGACAUCUGUGCUGUCAUCUCCAUACAAAACAACUCGUGUCCAGUGUUUGACAACGAACAAGAUGUCAACUACCAGGGCUACCAUCUUACCAUGAUGAAUAAAGGAGGGAUUACACUUACCCAAUCCAUGUUCCCCGUGGGUUUCUACGUGGUGUUCAUAGUGAAACAGAGCGAUGAGGACUGCACGGGUGCGAGAGAGACGACACUAAAGGAAUACAAUAUGGGCACUGAGAGAGUGAAGAGUUUCAGGUUCCGUAUAAUACCCACUAUUUCAUACGCGGAAUAUGUGGUGGCUGCUCUCGUCGUGUUGGCAGUGCUCAUGCUGCUUCUGGCGCUAACUGCCCUCAUCUCCUGCUUCACCACCAAAUGUACAGAGCAAGUGGUCGUAAUAGACGAAGACCCGGCGCCGUCUACAUCUAGAGGGCCCAGUGAUGAAACGCCACUAUUUGCGGAUAAAAUACCAAGAUCGGAUUCGUUUUCGUCUGACGGGUCGGAGCCCCGCGAGUUGGUGCUGGCGCAGCCCCUCACGGUUGCGGGGCUUAAUCGACGCCCCACAUACGCGCGCCGCUCUGACAGAUAUUUCUGGAGCGCGCUGACGGUGGCGGUGGUGUACGCACUUCCGGUUGUGCAGCUGCUUUUCAUGUAUCAAAGGAUGGUCUUCCAAACCGGCAACCAAGACCUGUGCUACUACAACUUCUUCUGCGCGCACCCGCUGGGCCCCCUCGCGGACUUCAACCACGUCUACUCGAACAUAGGCUACGUCCUACUAGGCGUCGCCUUCAUGGCCCAAGUCAGGGUGCGGCAGGUGGCGCAGAGGAAGAAACAGGGUGCGGAAUUGGGUAUCCCUCCCCACCACGGGAUCUUCUACUCGAUGGGCCUGGCCCUCAGCAUGGAGGGGAUACUCUCCGCGUGCUACCACCUGUGCCCCAACAAGAUGAACUUCCAGUUUGAUUCGUCGUUCAUGUACGUGAUAGCCGUGCUGUGCAUGAUCAAACUGUACCAGAACCGUCACCCGGAGGUCAACGCGAACGCGCACUCUACCUUCAUGCUGUUGGCCGUCGUUAUGACUAUUGGACUAUUCGGGAUAAUGUACCCGAGCGUAUAUUUCUGGGUGUUCUUCACCGUCCUCCACCUCACCACGUGUUUCAUGUUGACCAUGAAGAUAUACUACGUCGGACAAUUUAAAUUCGAGGGAGCGAUAUUCGGGCGAGCUAUAAACGCCUUCAAGUCUCGGGAAGGCAGCAUAAUCACAUUUCUACGACCGUCUUACGGCGCUCGCGCGAUUCUCCUCGCCGUCGCGAACGUUGCCAACUGGGCGCUGGCCGCUUAUGGCAUGUACGAGCACAAUAAGGACUUAGCGCGCCAUCUACUUGCCAUCCUCAUGGGCAACACUGUGCUCUAUCUACUGGGCUACGUCAUCAUGAAACUAGUCAAUAAAGAAAAGGUGCCGGUGCGGGCGUGGAUGUUCUGCGCUCUGGCUCAUCUCUGCUGGAUCGUGGCCUUAUACUUGUUCCUCGACGGACAUACGCGGUGGGCGGACACGCCAGCGCAGUCCCGGCGCCGCAACGCCGUCUGCUCGUCGCUACAAUUCUUCGACAGCCACGAUCUCUGGCACGCAGCCUCCGCGGCCGCCCUAUACCUGUCAUUUAACAUGUUGCUGACUAUAGAUGACCCAUUAGCUGACACCCCUAGGGAACUCAUACCCGUGUUUUAACUGAGGUUUUAUCAACUAGUACUAGUAUGACAAAGUUUGUUACACUAUAUCUUGAGUAUUCUUCGACCGAUAUUCAUGAAAUUUUGCAGGAACGUAGUUUAUAGAAAUAUAAUUUUUAGGUUCGAAUUUGAAGAAAAUCGGCCUGUUGGCUAGGAAGUUAGAGAGAGAAAAAGAUGUAUAUUUCGCGAGGUGUGUUCAGGGUGAACUACUAGUACAACAAUGUCUGUCUGUCUGUAUGUUUGACAGUCACGAUCUCUGGCACGCGGCGUCCGCGGCCGCCCUAUACAUGUCCUUCAACGUGUGCCAUUUAGGCCUGAUGAUGGAGACGCAGAGGAAGGCCCAGGCUCACAUAUCUCAGCCAAAUAAAAGAUCUCUCGAGUUUCCGUCGUGUCGUACGAGGGAGUUAAAAGGCUGGCCCAGUUGAAAGAAGAGUGGCGAUUACUCCACCGACAAGAGCAUAGCUCUUGAAUACUGAUGAUGAUGGAGACCGGAGACCUUAUGGUAAAGUAUUUUAGGUGCUUAAAAAUGUUGCCCAUAGAAUGUAAUUAUUUUUGUAAAUUUUUAUUUAAUUUUAUAGUUUAAAGUGAUCGAUCAUUUCAACUGAGACAAUCGUUGAAAACCGGAGAUCCAUGAAGUCAAAGCUCACUAGAGUCAGACCAAGAUAAGUCUGCAGCGAUUUGUAUAGCACAGACGUGCAAGUGAACUCCUUCUUGAGAGGCUGUGGCCAGAUAUAGCACUAAGCAGAGACGAGUGGAAGAAGAGGGGGAGGCCUUUGCCCAACAGUGGGCUCUGAAUAAUAGACCUGCAAGUGUUAUUUUAAACGUAAAACUUCUAUGAAAUUAUCUUGAUCUGACUCUAAAUGGUAAAUAAUUGACUUAAAGCUCGUAUCUCGAUAUUGUCUCUCUACUGAGAUACGAGGUUUCUAAGAUUAGUGACGAAUUGUUUUUGUACGAACUAAGGAAUUGAUAGUAUUACGAAUAAAGUGCUUAGGAUUAAGGUUCCUUAAAUAUCUGAACGUAAUCUCUAUUUAUCAAGAGUUUAGAUUAUUUUGAGCACCUUGGCUGCUCCGAUAUAUAUAUAUACAGGUUGGGCAAAUUAGAAGUGCCUACCAGUGGCGGCGCGUCAAACAUAUCCAUAGGCAAGCCGCCUAGUUUGGCUUACAUAUUUCCUUUACAACUCUGCUCAAACGUCCAAAAACAGGCAAGCCGGUGGGAAUCGGCUUUUAUGGACGCGCCGCCAGUGGUGCCUACACACUUUAGUCAGAAGCUGUUAAAGCACGGAGGCACUUUUUCUUAGGCGUCACACAUAUUUGUGGCUUUCCAUUAGAGAAGGGUCCUUAUGUGUCAUGUGAAUAAGGAAACCCAUAAGAAAAGGGGGAAUAAGGACCCUUUUCUAUGGAAAGCCACAUUUUAUGCUAUCAACGAAUCUUUGGUAGUUGUAAGUUUUUUAUACCUAUACUUUGUACUCAAUGAAUUAAUAAUAUACAUUAAUAUAUAUGGUAGUUACCUAAAAUUGGCUAAAAAUUUAUACCUAAAAAUGUGUACUCAAUCCGUAUGAUAGAGUCAGACCACGCGAAGUUUUCAUCUUAAGUAUCUAUGGAGUUUAGUUUAAAGCAUAUGGGGCAUUAUCUAUGAAAAGGGACCUUAUUGUCGAUGGCACUUUACGCCGCACAGCGUCGCGCGGCAUUGUGUUUAUAUCGGAGCAUCGUUAAUAAUGGCGUAAGCGCCAUCGACAAUGUGACGUCUAGGUUCUGUUAUAUUACAAGGUGAUAAAUAAAACUCAGUUGGUCAGGCAUGUGCUCCGCGACCCGCCCGCACGCCAUGACAGUUGACAACAGAAUGUCGACCUGCAGGUAGUUUAAGUUCGCAUUGCACUUUUAUUGUGUAAACGUCACAGACAAUAAGGUCCCUUUUUAUUGUGUAAACGUCACAGACACUAAGGUCCCUUUUUAUUCUGUAAACGUCACAGACAAUAAGGUCCCUUUUUAUUGUGUAAACGUCACAGACACUAAGGUCCCUUUUUAUUGUGUAAACGUCACAGACACUAAGGUCCCUUUUUAUUGUGUAAACGUCACAGACAAUAAGGUCCCUUUUUAUUGUGUAAACGUCACAGACACUAAGGUCCCUUUUUAUUAUGUAAACGUCACAGACAAUAAGGUCCCUUUUUAUUGUGUAAACGUCACACACUAAGGUCCCUUUUCAUAGAUAACGUCACAUAUGGAGUUUAUUAUACACGUAUUCUUGCUGCCAAUUUUGUGUAAAGUUAGCGUGGUCAGAGUCUAUAACGUAUUUUCGGCGCCUAUGUAAUAAUUAACGCCAUUCGCGGUUAAUCACACUGAUGCGCGUGUGUGAGCGAGACAGCGCUAUGCACGUGUAGCGAUGACCCGCUCGCACACCGGAGCGGCGAGCGGAUCCCCAUCCGAUGUUAUAAACGCCUCUGGUUAUAAUUAGUACAGUUCGCCAUCAGAUAUAUCGAAGCGGCCAAGAAACUCACAAAUAUCUGAACACACCUCUAUUGCCAAGGCGUUAGGGCGUAUCCAGACUAGUAAAUUUUUCGCCAAUCUGAUUAAAUUGCCCGACCGAAUCAGGACGUGCGGAGGCAAACGCCAAUUCGGCUCGCCGAAUUCAACCGCCGAUAAUGACCGAUAUUACCGAUAAAAUGAGGUGCCGACGCAAGAAUACCAAUUUGUGACGCCAGUAUUUUUGUUCUGGGGCAUUUUUUCAAUUUAGAGGGCUCUAAUGUCACCAUAAAUCUAAAAUUGGUGAUUAAAUUGGAGAUUGACGCCAAUUUCAUUUCUGAUCAAAUCGGCCGAUUUGAUCAGUCCCGUCUGGAUACCGCUUUGGAGUGCGUGUUCAGAUAUUUUUGAGCACCACGGCCGCUCCGAUAUAUCUGAUGGCGACUGUGUAGGUAUACUUUUCUGAAGUAGCAAUAACAAAUGUAUCAUACAAAUAUCGAAUGUUAAAUUAUUUUUGUAUGAAGUAAACGCUUAUUAAAAUUA